CACUGAACGAAGCAGCAUUGUUCUUCAAAAAGCGAAGAGAGAGAGAGAGAGAGAGAGUGAGUUCAUCUUAUUCUCAAUAUUUCUCAUAGACCACACGCAUACACUUGUACACACAGACAUGGGACCAUUGUACUGCGCUUAAAAUUUGAGCUUUUUCGUGGACGACAGGAUCCGAUCUCAUGGAAAUGGAGGAUCAUCAUCAUCAUCAUCAUCAUCACCAUGAACAGAAACAGUAUGGCAUCGCUGAUCUCAGGCAGCUUGUGAAUGGACCAAGACCAACCCAUUUCCCGUCAAUACCAGCGCAGCCCACGGCGGAGCUCUUCCCCGCCGGUCACCCGAAUCUGACAGCCACACAUCACCAACAACACUAUGAGAUGAUGAUGUUUGGUCGUCAAGUAGCUGACAUAAUGCCUCGUUGCCUUCAUGACUUUGCCUCCACCGAUUCUGCGACAACUGCUGCAGCCGUAACCACCAAUACUAACAUAACUGUAGCAACUCCAACCACCACAACUAGUGCUUCAACUCCUCCCCUUAGUGGCUUAGAAGCUGAGACUGCAGGCUGCAUAGGUGUUGAUGCCUCCACCGGAAGAUGGCCAAGGCAAGAGACUCUUACUCUUCUUGAGAUCAGAUCUCGUUUGGACCAUAAAUUCAAAGAGGCUAAUCAAAAGGGGCCACUAUGGGAUGAAGUUUCUAGGAUCAUGUCAGAAGAACAUGGAUAUCAAAGGAGUGGGAAAAAGUGCAGGGAGAAGUUUGAGAACCUGUACAAAUAUUACAAGAAGACAAGGGAAGGAAAGGCAGGAAGACAGGAUGGGAAGCACUACAGAUUCUUCCGUCAACUUGAAGCCUUAUAUGGUGAAAAUAGUAACCAAGUCUCAGUCCCCGAAACCAAUUUUGGUAGCAGCAGCCUUCGUUUCCAGACAAGCAGCCAUGCCCCUUCACAAACAAAUCAAGAUAAGUUUCAUUCUCACAAGCAUUGUGAUAGCCUCAGCCUCACUAACUCCACUGACUUCAACACCUCUUCAUCUGAUGACAAUGAUCAUAGCACUGAGGGACUGAAGGACAAUGAUUCCAUGGAGAAGAGGAGAAAGAGGAUGAGUGGAAGGAGCUGGAAGGGGAAGAUUAAAGACUUCAUUGACUCGCAGAUGAGGAAGCUGGUGGAGAAGCAAGAGGAAUGGUUGGAUAAACUCAUGAAGACACUGGAACAGAAGGAAAAGGAGAGGGUGUUAAGAGAGGAGGAAUGGAGGAGACAAGAGGCAGAAAGGUUGGAGAGGGAGCACAGAUUUUGGGCUAAGGAAAGGGCAUGGAUUGAAGCAAGGGAUGCCGCUCUAAUGGAGGCUUUGCAAAAAUUAACAGGAAGCGAUAUAAAGACUCAAUCUAUUGAGGGUCUAGUAGCAGUUGGAAUUCAAAACCGCAAAGAAAACCAGAAUGAAGAUGGAAGUGAAAUACUAAAUAGCACUGCCAAAUGUACUGAAAGCUGGCCAGAAUCUGAGAUUACAAGGAAUGCCAAGGACGGAAACAAGAAGCGGAAGGAAAACUCUAGAAGUUGUUUUUACUUCGAUAACAAUGACCAUUCUUCACUAUAUGAUCAAGGAGGUAGUGCUUAUUGUGAUAUCAAUGAUCAAAGGCAAGAGACUGGGAGGCUACAAACAAAUGAUGGUUCUUCACCUUCAAAUUCUAAUGUUGGAAAUGCAGUUGCUGCUGAUAGCUGCUUUCCCUUCUUGAUGAGUGAAGGAGGAAAUUUGUGGGAGAAUUACAGCUUGAAGGUUAAUAAAGCAAACCACAACCAGUGAGUGAAAUAAGGUUGACUCGUAAGAGACACGAAUAUUUCACAGCCUUUUAUCUGAAUAUAUGAUUUCACAUUAUGUAAGCAAGAGCUAACUGAGGGUUUAUGU